AAACCCUACGAAGUACACCGAUUUUCUGUGUUCUGCGAUUUUCAUUUGUUUUUAAACGAUGCUGCGCUUCUUCGUUUCCCAGGCCAGCCGUCCAAAUCCGCCUCCGGCGCCGGACUCGAUGCCGACGGCCGCAAAUUCUAUCGCCGCAUGCUUCUCCCCUGACCCUCGUGAUUCCGUCUCCUCCUCCGGCCGGGACCCAAACCUAGCUCGGGUUCGCCCGGAGGCGUCCACGUACGCCGGCGAGCUCCGAGGCGGUUUCCCUCCUAUGUGUCCUGCGCCCGGAGGGGCGGGGCGCGCUCCCCUCCGGCUCCAGCUUCACCGUCUGGUUAUUCUUCCAGCUCUGUAGUUGUUGGACGCUUGGGCCUCCAAUGUUUGCUUAAUUUAGUUACCUUGGUAUGUAUUGUCGACAUUGUUGCCCUGUGCUUCAGAUUGGUCUGGGUAGGAGUUCUGAUUUCCUUGCCUCAUGCUUUAUAAGUGAUCCUACUUCUUUGUUUUGUUUACAGAUAUACUAGAUUUUAACUUUCGGUUGCUUUUACGUUGUUAGUACUAUUACUAUGUCAUUAGGACAUGAAAGUAUUUCCCACCAAGAAUAUUGUUUGUAGAAAACUGCAAGUAUGAAUAUUGAAAUCAAGGGAGGGGUAAUAGUUUACUCCUGAGCUAGUUUUUCUGUUGCUGCUUUACUACAUGGUGUAGGGCACCACCACACUGCCAAACAUCAUCGUGUUAUCUUUAGCACGAACUACUAUGGAAAUCUUUAGUUUUUUAUAAUCAAUCUUUGGAGAAAGCAAAAAUAGCAGCACAUUGCUUCAUGUUUCGGUAAUGAAUAAAGAGAAAGGGAAAAGGUGGCAGAGAUAAUCAAAUUAAAGGAUCAUCCUGUAUGGAGGCACCAAGCAAAUGGACCAUGUGCCAUUUGGAAUGAGAGAGGAAGCAAAUUGAUGUGUUCACAGCCUAAGUUUUCAAAGCGUGCGUGCAGUUUCAGAGGGAAACCAUUUACUGCUGCAUAGCUUGCAUUUCUUCUCUAAUUCAGGGAAUGCGCUAGCAGUACAGAUUUCAAAACGAUCUACUCUUUCAAUCUGGUCUCAUCUACUGUCGAGGAACAUGGCGGCGAGGUAUUUUCAUAUGAUGGGUUAGAUUGGUUAUGCUGCUGUCGUCCUCUCUCCGUCUACCAUUAUCUUCAUAUUAUGGUUUAGCUUGAUUAUGCUGCUGCUGUUCUAUCUCUGUCUUCGAUAAAGGGAUUCAACAUGAGUCGUCAUUCAUUGAAAAUUUAUGCUACAGAUGUUGAUGAAGCUAGAGAGCAUAUAUUUCAAUGUGUUCGGAGAAUGCCCCACAAGGCCAUAUAUUUUGAUGGUUGGAAUGGAUUUGGGGCAUCUGUUGUCCUUAGAUCCAUAGCAGAAGUGCUUCCAUCUAGGAGAACCACUCCAGAACUAUGCUUUGACAGAGUAAUUUACAUAGAUUGCUCAGAGUGCAAAAAUAGAAGAGCAAUUCAGAGGGCAAUUGCAGAGGAACUGAAACUUGACAGCUCAGUAGUGGGCAUUCUAGAUAGGCAAGAUGAAGAUGAUGAUUUUGGCGGAGUUGAUACAGGCUCGAGGUAUGAGAUAGACACUGUUGGACAAGUGAUAUAUCAAGCCUUGAAGAACAGCAAGUUUAUGAUGAUAUUUAUUAAUGGAAGUGAUGAUGAGGUUGACAUGGGUGCCUUUGGUAUUCCUCCAUUUACAAAAUUCAGCAACAACACAAUGAUAUGGACCUUCAAAAGAAGCUUCCUGACCAUGCACCGCCACCAAUAUGAGAUAGAAGAUAAGCUCAGACACACUACAUUUUUCCUCUACUCCAUAUUAGUAACAAGUUCACAGUUUCAAGCAAUACUUGGUGAAGAGGCUGCUACUAUAGUUGCCCGCAAUCCAUCUAUGCUGGGCAUCGAUCCAACAAUGGUCAUGGAAUGUUGCCUCUACAAGUUAUUUCUGCACUGUAAUUUCCACCCCGCCACUAGAUUUGAUUGGGUUGCUCAUGCUUCCAACUAUUGGAUAUGCGACCGCAUCAUGCAAUGGGACAUAGCAAGGGAUAUUAUUCAUGCAUUGCAUAGAGAGAUAAAUUGGAAGUGUGAUAGUUCUUUGCUUGAUGAUGUGCUUCAGAAGUUCAUGAAACAAUUAAGUCCUCCCUUUUUGGUACUUAAAGAUGAUGAUGUCUAUGAAGAAGGGACAUACCACUGGAUUUCAGUCACAUCAAGGAAUACAAAAGUAUGUGGCCUACAAACUAUACCUGCAGACACAUCAUCUUUCUUCUUGGCAUUUGAAGGACCUUAUUACCCAUCAACAUUGCAAAAUGGUUUGUUUGAACAUGCCAGCAAACUUGGUGUGUUAGUUCUCUAUUGUAGUGUCUUCAAUUUUGCAUCACCUCCUUUCCUGAAGUGUCAUAGCCUUAGGUUCCUUGGAGUGGACCGAUGUGAAGAUGGAAAUACAGAUGAGGGAGAGGAUCAUAUAGACUGGGCAUGUUUGUAUAGACUACAGGUGCUGGACCUACGUUACACAGACUGGAAUGAAAUCUUAUCACAAGAAAGGAUGGUUCUCAUGACAGACAUCAGAGAGCUAAAUAUCGAGGGAGUCGACUGUUGGCAGUAUGCAGCUCACCUACAAGGGUGUCUGCCUAACCUUCAAAGGCUCCGGAUAAUCAAACCAAGAUGCAAAAGGCAGAUCUCAAAGGAUGUUGACAAUUCCUUUGUAGAUAAGACAAGGAUGGAAAUACUUGAUUUGUCAGGCAACAGUGACAUGAAAAUUCUUCCAAGAAGCCUAGCAAAGGCAGGUAGCCUUCAGAUGCUUGUGCUUGAUGGUUGUGAUGAGUUGGAAAAAGUUGUUCUGCCUGAUGGGCUCCCCCCCUCACUCAAUACCUUCAGCUUUGAUGGCUAUGGACCAGCUUCCCAAUGGACACAGACUAUUGAGCUACCUCCAAACCAUUGUCGUCUGCCUACUGCAGUAGAUAAUGAGAAGGAUAUCAGUGUUUCCAAGAUCUCCCUCGCAGGUUGCACACAAUUGGAGAACCUGUUCCUGCGUGGGCUACCCAAUCUCGUGGAGCUAGACCUUUCUGGAACUGCAAUUAAAGUGCUUGACUUUGAAACUAUGGUGGUGCACGUCCCAAGGCUCAAGCGACUGUUUCUAAUAGGAUGUGUGCACCUUCAUGCUAUAAAACCUUGGUGCAAGCGGGGUAACUCUGAAAUGCUGCCCAACCUGGAGUUGUUGUGCAUAGAUACACGAGCUGGAAUUGGGUGUUCUCGGCCAUCUAUCAACAAGAACAAAUCCUUCAGUUUGCAGGUGCAUGCUGUUGUUGAAGAUGCAAGGCUUGCUCGGUCCCUUGAGUUUCUGAUGGAUUUUAUGGGCGACUGUGAGGAUGUUUAUUUUAAUAUCCAUAUCAACUCCUCACCUAUGUAUGCUGGGGUUUCUCAACUUGAAGCAAGCUGCAAGGGUAAGAUUGGUGCCAGUGAUCAAGUGAGCAUGCAGCAGCUGGUUCCAGCAGGUUGCUAUGAUGACGUCCUUAGCAUGGUUGGCGAUCCCCCAAUCAGUGCCCCGACGCAGACCUUCACGCAGCCUCCGACUGUGAUGUUGGAUCGACAUAUUGAGAUUGCUCAAGGGAGCCGCUGUGUGGAGAGUGAACUGGAUGGUUGUUUAGGUCAACUGAUUGAUUACUUUACUGAAUCCCUGCAUGUGCACGAUGUCUCAGUAAGUGCUAUUAUGCCUGAAUUACAUUGGGGGCGCGCCCUUAAGCACUGCUGCGUGGAGAGGUGUCCGAAGUUGGAUCCUGUCUUCCCUUCCUACUCUGCAUUUGAUAGUCUGGAGACCUUGUGGGUGUCGGACCUCCUAAUUGCCCGCUGGAUUUGCAGUAAACCAAUUUCACGCUACCGCUCCUUGUUCAGAAAUCUGCAGCACUUACACGUGAGCUCUUGCCCGAGCCUCCAGUUCGGGCUACCGGCAAUGUUCUCCUUCCCCAGCUUGGAGACCCUCCAUAUCAUCCACUGUGGUGACCUCAAGCACGUCUUCAUACUGGAUGAGAAGUGCCCGGAGGAAAUAGCCGCCUAUGGUGUGGCAUUCCCGAAGCUGAGAACCAUCUACCUGCACAACCUCCUGAAGCUGCAGCAGAUAUGCCAAGUCAAGAUGGUGGCACCUGCACUUGAGUCCAUCAAGAUCAGGGGAUGUUCAGGCUUGCGCCGGCUGCCAGCUGUGGCGGCCCGGAGCCAACUCGAGAAGAAGCGUACAAUUGAGAUCGAGAAGGAUAUCUGGGACGCGCUAGAGUGGGAUGGGGUGGAGGCUGGCCACCACCCCUGCCUCUUUGAGGCGCCCGUGCACUCGAGCUACUACAAGAAGAAACUGCCUCGGGUCUCCGUGCUCAGGUGAAUGCUUCUUCCCUCAAGACGUGUGAGUGAUGGAUGCUCCAGGUCGUGCUGCAUGCUGCCGAAUAUGUUUGGUUUGUUUGUGCGCUUGCGUGGAUUGUGCUAGCCUGUGGGUUGCUUGCAAGGUGCAACUAUGGAAGGAAGAUUUGCAGGUGUAUUGGUGAUGGAUGGACGGAUCGAUCGCCUCUCACUGCUGUCCUUGUGUGAGGUAUGAGCUUGUGGUGGUUCCUACUUUUGCGCCAGUGAAUUAAAAAGGCGGCCAGGUCUGAGCCUGAGUGCACAGACCGUGCCGAUGAAGUGCUGCUUGUGAUUGAAGCAGCUAGGUGUGCCUGCGGGCACCCACCUGACUGCAUUCGUGUGUGGCUUUGGUGAGUGAUUAUUGUGCUUUUGGUGAGUAAUUAGGCGCCAGCAGCCUGUGUAUGGGUGUGAUUCUCUUACGAGAACGUAUUUGUGAUGUAUUUGAAGGAAAAUGUAGCUGGUUCUGCCUGCGUGCUUGUUACAUAUGCUUUUGAAAUAAGCAGCGGAUGUACUUGUUUGCC